AUGGCCCGGGACCCCUUGGCUCGGCUCUUGCUGGCCUGGACAGCCCUGUCGUGCGUGGCGGGUGUCCAGGGCCGUUGGGAUGGGGCUGUGGAGCCUGCAGGUCUCGGACGUGUGCGCAGGCGUGGCAGCCCAGGCUUCUUGCAGGGGCCGAAUGUGUGUGGCUCCCGAUUUCAUGCCUACUGCUGCCCCGGCUGGAGGACGCUGCCUGGUGGGAACCAGUGUGUUGUGCCGGUCUGUAGGCACGCCUGCGGCGAGGGCUUCUGCUCCCGACCCAACCUGUGCGCCUGUGCUGAUGGGAAGCUGGCCCCCAGCUGCGGGGUGAGCCGAGGGUCGGGGUGCAGUGUGAGCUGCAUGAAUGGGGGCAGCUGCCGAGGGGAGUCCUGCCUGUGCCAGAGGGGCUACACGGGCACCGUGUGUGGGCAACCCGUCUGUGACCACGGCUGCCACAACGGGGGCCGCUGCAUCGGGCCGAACCGCUGUGCCUGUGUGUACGGCUUCAUGGGGCCUCAGUGUGAGAAAGACUACCGGACAGGGCCCUGCUUUGGUCGAGUGGGCCUGGAGGGGUGCCAGCACCAGCUGACAGGCCUCGUCUGCACCAAGGCGCUCUGCUGUGCCACUGUGGGCCGGGCCUGGGGCUUCCCAUGUGAGCUCUGCUCUGCUCAGCCACACCCCUGCCGCCGGGGCUUCAUCCCCAAUAUACACACGGGGGCCUGCCAAGACGUGGAUGAGUGCCAGGCUAUCCCAGGCCUGUGCCAGGGGGGCAGCUGUGUUAACUCUGUGGGUUCCUUUGAGUGCCGCUGCCCAGCUGGACACCAGCUCAGUGAGAACAGCGCCAAGUGUGAAGACCACCGUGCCGGCACCUGCUUCUCGGCGCUGAUCGUGGGCCGCUGUGCCGGAGACCUCGCGGGCCACUAUACCCAUAGGCAGUGCUGCUGUGAUACGGGCAGAUGCUGGGCAGUUGGCCCGGCCCCUGAGCUGUGUCCGCCGCGGGGCUCUGAUGAGUUCCAGCGACUGUGUGCCCUGGGGCUCCCGCUGCUGCCCUCCUACCCAGGCCCCUUCCCCGGCCUCCCUGGCUUCGGAUCCAGUGGGCGUGGGGUUCCCAGCCUGGGCCUUGGUGACACCAACAUUGGCACAGCCACGCUGAACCAGACCAUUGACAUCUGCCGACACUUCACCAACCUGUGUCUCAAUGGCCGCUGCCUGCCCACCUCUUCCAGCUACCGCUGCGAGUGUAACGUGGGCUACACCCAGGACGUUCGGGGCGAGUGCAUCGACGUGGAUGAGUGUGCCAGCAGCCCCUGCCACCACGGAGACUGCGUCAACACCCCCGGCUCCUACCACUGCCGGUGCUGGGAGGGCUUUCAGGCGACGCUCACCAAGCAGGAGUGCGUGGACAUGGACGAGUGCAUCACCAGCAGUGGCCUCUGCCACCACGGCCGCUGCGUCAACACAGCAGGCAGCUUCCAGUGUGUCUGCAAUGCAGGCUUCGAGCUCGGCCCCGAUGGCAAGAACUGUGUGGACCACAACGAGUGUGCCACCACCACCAUGUGUGCCAACGGAGUGUGCCUGAACGAGGACGGCAGCUUCUCGUGCCUCUGCAAACCCGGCUUCCUGCUGGCGCCCGGUGGCCGCCACUGCGUGGACAUCGACGAAUGCCAGACACCGGGCAUCUGUAUGAACGGCCACUGUACCAACACCGAGGGCUCCUUCCGCUGCCACUGCCUGGGGGGGCUCGCGGUGGGCGCUGAUGGCCGCGUGUGCGUGGACACCCACGUGCGUAGCACGUGCUACGGGACCCUCAACGAGGGCUCUUGUGCCCGCCCCUUCCCCGGUGCCGUCACCAAAUCCGAGUGCUGCUGUGCGAGCCCCGACCACGGGUUUGGGGAGCCCUGCCAGCUGUGUCCUGCCAAGAACUCCGCCGAGUUCCAGGCCCUGUGCAGCAGCGGUCUUGGCAUCACCACGGAUGGCAGAGACAUCAACGAGUGUGCCCUCGAUCCUGAUGUCUGUGCCAACGGUAUGUGUGAGAACCUGCGGGGCAGCUACCGCUGCAUCUGCAACCUGGGCUACGAGGCAGCCGCAGCCGGCAAGGAGUGCAUGGAUGUGGAUGAGUGUGCACUCAACAGCCUCCUGUGUGACAACGGGUGGUGCCGGAACAGCCCUGGCAGCUACAGCUGCUCCUGCCCCCAGGGCUUCAGCUUCUGGCAAGACACAGAGACCUGCGAAGACAUCGACGAGUGCCUGUCCAAUCCGUGUGUGAACGGCGUGUGCCGCAACCUGGCCGGCUCCUACGCCUGCGAGUGCGCCCCCGGCAGCCGCCUGGGACCCUCCGGCACCGUGUGCUUAGACAGCACCAAAAGCACCUGCUGGCUAAAGGUCCAGGAUGGCCGCUGCGAGGCGAACCUGCACGGAGCCACCCUGCGGUCCGAGUGCUGCGCCACGCUCGGGGCUGCCUGGGGGAGCCCCUGCGAACGCUGUGACAUGGACCCCGCCUGUGCCCGUGGUUUCGCCCGCGUGAAGGGGCUCAGCUGUGAAGAUGUGAACGAGUGUGAGGUCUUCCCGGGGGUCUGUCCCAAUGGGCGCUGCCUCAACACCGCUGGCUCCUUCCACUGCGAGUGUCUUGAGGGCCUGACGCUGGAUGCCACGGGCCGGCUGUGCGUGGAUGUGCGCCUGGAGCUUUGUUUCUUGCAUUGGGAUGAGGAUGAAUGUGGGGCCGCCCUGCCCGGCAAGUACCGGAUGGACGUCUGCUGCUGCUCCUUGGGAGCCGCGUGGGGGGCCGCGUGCGAGGCGUGCCCUGAGCCUGAGUCCCCAGCGUUUGCCAGCCUGUGUCCCCGGGGGCUGGGCUUUGCCAGCCGGGACUUCCUCUCAGGCCAGCCCUUCUAUAAAGAUGUGAACGAGUGCAAAGCCUUCCCCGGGCUGUGUGCACACGGCACCUGCCGCAACACCGUGGGCAGCUUUCGUUGCUCUUGUGCUGGGGGCUUUGCCCUGGAUGCCCAGGAAAGGAACUGCACAGACAUUGACGAGUGCCGCAUCUCCCCUGACCUCUGCGGCCAGGGCACCUGCGUCAACACUCCGGGCAGCUUCGAGUGUGAGUGUUUCCACGGCUACGAGAGUGGCUUCAUGAUGAUGAAGAACUGCAUGGACGUGGAUGAGUGUGCCCGGGACCCACUGCUGUGCCGGGGAGGCACCUGUACCAACACAGAUGGGAGUUACGAGUGCCAGUGCCCCGCUGGACAUGCGCUGGUGGCCAAGGGCACUGCUUGUGAGGACGUUGAUGAAUGCUCCCUGAGUGACGGCCUGUGUCCCCACGGCCAGUGCGUCAACGUCAUCGGUGCCUUCCAGUGCUCCUGCCACGCCGGCUUCCAGAGCACACCUGACCGCCAAGGCUGCGUGGAUGUGGACGAAUGCCGCUCUGGGAACGGUGGGUGCCACGUGCACUGCAUUAACACCGAGGGCAGCUACCGGUGUGGCUGCGGACACGGCUACUCGCUGAUGCCUGAUGGGAGGGCGUGUGCAGACGUGGACGAGUGUGAGGAGAACCCGGACAUCUGUGACGGGGGCCAGUGCAUCAAUGUGCCGGGGGGUCACCGCUGCCUCUGCUACGACGGCUUUGUGGCCACGCUGGACAUGAGGACGUGUGUAGACGUGGACGAGUGUGACCUGAACCCCUACAUCUGCCUCCAUGGGGUCUGCGAGAACACAAGGGGUUCCUUUGUCUGCCACUGCCAGCUGGGUUACGUCGUCAGGAAGGGGGCCACGGGCUGCUCCGAUGUGGACGAAUGUGAGCUUGGGGGACACAGCUGUGAUGGUCACGCCUCCUGCCUCAACGUCCCUGGGAGUUUCAGCUGCAGGUGCCAGCCAGGCUGGGUGGGGGAUGGCUUCGAAUGCCACGACCUGGAUGAAUGCGCCUUCCAGGAGCAUGGGUGCAGCCCGAGAGCUGACUGCCUCAACACCCCCGGCUCCUACCGCUGUGCCUGCCCCCCGGGCUUUGCUGGGGACGGCUACUUCUGCGAAGACAGGGACGAGUGUGCGGAGAAUGUGGACCUUUGCGAGAAUGGGCAGUGUCUCAAUGCCCCCGGGGGGUACCGCUGUGAAUGCGAGAUGGGCUUCAACCCCACAGAGGACCAGCACGCCUGCCAGGAUGUGGACGAGUGUGUUCUCGGGAACCUGUGUGUGUUUGGGAGCUGUGAGAACCUGCCAGGCAUGUUCCGCUGCGUCUGCGAUGAGGGCUACGAGCUGGACCGUGGAGGCGGCAACUGCACAGAUGUGAAUGAGUGUGCAGACCCCGUGAACUGCAUCAACGGCCUGUGUGUCAACACCCCCGGCAGCUACCUCUGCAACUGCCCCCAGGAUUUUGAGCUGAACCCCAGCGGGGUGGGCUGCGUGGACACCCGGGUCGGGAACUGUUUCCUGGACACACAGGACCGAGGGGACGGUGGCAUUUCCUGCAGUGUGGAGAUCGGGGUUGGCGUCACCCGAGCAUCCUGCUGUUGCUCCCUGGGACGGGCCUGGGGCAACCCCUGUGAGCUGUGCCCGCUGGCCAAUACCACUGAGUACAGAACCCUGUGCCCGGGGGGUGAGGGCUUCCGGCCCAAUCCCAUCACCGUCAUUCUGGAAGACAUUGACGAAUGCCAGGAGCUGCCAGGGCUGUGCCAGGGGGGCAACUGUGUCAACACCUUCGGCAGCUUCCAGUGCGAGUGUCCACCUGGCUACCACCUCAAUGAGGACACCCGCAUCUGUGAGGACAUCGAUGAAUGCUCUGCACACUCGGGCAUCUGUGGCCCUGGUACCUGCUACAACACUCUGGGGAACUACACUUGUGUCUGCCCAGCGGAAUACCUGCAAGUCAACGGUGGCAACAACUGCAUGGACAUGAGGAAGAGUGUCUGCUUCCGGCACUAUAACGGUACAUGUCGGAAUGAGCUGACCUUUAACGUGACCCGGAAGACGUGCUGCUGUUCUUACAACAUUGGCCAGGCCUGGAAUAGACCCUGCGAGGCCUGCCCAACUCCUGCCAGCCUGGAUUACCAGAUCCUGUGUGGAAACCAGGUUCCCGGGUUCGUCAUUGACAUCCACACAGGGAAGCCCCUCGACAUCGACGAGUGUGGGGAGAUCCCUGCCAUCUGUGCCAGUGGCGUCUGCAUCAACCAGAUUGGGAGCUUCCGCUGCGAGUGCCCCACGGGCUUCAGCUACAACAGGGUGCUGCUGGUCUGCGAAGAUGUGGACGAGUGUGCCAGCGGGGAGAGCCCCUGCCAGCAGAAUGCCAACUGCAUCAACAUCCCCGGCAGCUACCGCUGCAAGUGCGCCCGAGGGUACAAGCUGUCGCCAGGGGGUGCUUGUGUGGGACGGAAUGAGUGUCGGGAGAUCCCAAAUGUCUGUAGCCAUGGCGACUGUGUGGACACAGCUGAUAGCUACAUGUGCCGGUGUCACCGUGGCUUCCGGGCUUCAGCAGACCAGACCCUGUGCAUGGACGUCGACGAGUGUGACCAGCAGCCAUGCGGAAAUGGGACCUGCAAGAAUAUCGUCGGCUCCUACAGCUGCCUCUGCUUCCCUGGCUUUGUGGCGACACACAGCGGACAUUGCGUGGACAUGGAUGAAUGCACCACCAUCGUGGGGCAGGUGUGCCGAUUUGGCCAGUGCCUCAACACAGCAGGCUCCUUCCACUGCCUCUGCCAGGAUGGCUUUGAGCUCACAAGUGAUGGGAAGAACUGCAUAGACGCCAACGAGUGUCUCAGCCUCGCGGGAACCUGCCUGCCAGGCACUUGCCAGAACCUUGAGGGCUCCUUCCGCUGCAUCUGUCCCCCCGGCUUCCAGGUUCAGAGUGACCACUGUGUCGACAUCAACGAAUGCUUGGAAGAGCCCAACCUCUGCCUCUUUGGCACCUGUACCAACAGCCCUGGGAGCUUCCAGUGCCUCUGUUCGCCUGGCUUUGUCCUGUCUGACAACGGGCACCGUUGCUUUGACACACGGCAGAGUUUCUGCUUCACCCAUUUCGAGGCUGGAAAGUGCUCGGUACCCAAAGCUUUCAACACCACCAAGACCCGGUGCUGUUGCAGCCAGAGGCCCGGCGAGGGCUGGAAUGACCCCUGCGAGCUGUGUCCUCAGGAGGGCAGUGCCGCCUUUCAGGAGCUGUGCCCCUUUGGCCACGGGGCAGUCCCAGGCCCAGAUGAUUCUCGGGAAGACGUGAACGAGUGUGCGGAGAACCCUGGCGUCUGUGCUAACGGCCUUUGUGUCAACACUGAUGGCUCUUUCCGCUGCGAGUGUCCUUUUGGCUACAGCCUGGACUUCACAGGUGUCAGCUGCGUGGACACAGACGAGUGCUCUGUCGGACACCCCUGCGGGGAAGGCACCUGCACCAAUAUCAUUGGAGGCUUCGAAUGUGCCUGUGCUGAUGGCUUUGAGCCUGGUCCCAUGAUGACCUGUGAGGACAUUGACGAGUGCUCCCUGAAUCCCCUGCUCUGCGCCUUCCGCUGCCACAACACUGAGGGUUCCUAUGUGUGUACCUGCCCGUCUGGCUAUGCCCUGAGAGAGGAUGGGGCCAUGUGCCGAGAUGUGGACGAGUGUGCAGACGGCAAGCAGGACUGCUACACCCGGGGCAUGAUGUGCAAGAACCUCAUCGGCACCUUCACCUGCAUCUGCCCCCCGGGCAUGCGGCCCCAGCUGGGCUCUGGGGAGGGCUGCACAGAUGACGAUGAAUGCCAUGCCCAGCCCAGCCUCUGUGCCAAUGGCCGCUGCGUCAACACCGCAGGCAGCUUCCGCUGUGAUUGUGACGAGGGCUUCCAGCCCAGCCCUGACUUCACUGAGUGCCACGACACCCGGCAAGGGCCCUGCUUCUCCGAGGUGCUGCAGGCCACGUGCCAGGCUCAGUCCAGUGGCGGCGAGGCGGUCACCAGGGCCGAGUGCUGUUGCGGGGGUGGCCGCGGCUGGGGCCCCCACUGCGAGCUCUGUCCCCUGCCCAGCACUGCCGCCCACAAGGAGCUGUGCCCCCACGGCUCGGGCUACACCGCCGACGGCCGAGACGUGGAUGAGUGCCGCGUGCUCGCUCACCUGUGCCCCCAUGGCGAGUGCAUCAAUAACCUUGGCUCCUUCCGCUGCCACUGCCGGUCUGGGUACGCGCCUGACACCACUGCCACAGCCUGCGUGGAUGUGGACGAGUGCAGCCAGGUCCCCACGCCAUGUCCCUUCCUCUGCAAAAACACCAAGGGCAGCUUCCUGUGCGCCUGCCCCCGAGGCUACCUGCUGGAGGAGAAUGGCAGGAUCUGCAGAGACGUGGAUGAGUGCUCCUCCAGGCAGCACAACUGCCAGUUCUUCUGCGUCAACACCAUCGGUGCCUUCACCUGCCGCUGUCCCCCUGGCUUCACCCAGCGCCACCAGGCCUGCUUUGACAAUGACGAGUGCUUGGCCCAGCCUGGCCCGUGUGGCACCCGUGGACACUGCCACAAUGCCCCAGGAAGCUUCAGCUGUGAGUGCUAUCAAGGCUUCACCCUGGACAGCUCAGGCCAUGGCUGCAAAGAUGUGGAUGAAUGUGACGGGCCUCAUCGCUGCCAGCACGGCUGCCAGAACGAGCUGGGGGGUUACCGCUGUGGCUGCCCCCAGGGCUUCACCCCACACUCCCAGUGGGGCCAGUGUGUGGACAAGAACGAGUGUGUCCUGUCACCCGCGGCCUGCGGCAGCGCCUCCUGCCGCAACAUGCUGGGCGGCUUCCGCUGCGUCUGCCCCUCCGGCUUUGACUUCAACCAGGCCCUCGGGGGCUGCCAGGACGUGGAUGAGUGUGCGGGGCGGGGCGGCCCCUGUAGCUACAGCUGUGCCAACACCCCCGGUGGCUUCCUGUGCGGCUGCCCCCGAGGCUACUUCCGGGCUGGGCAAGGGCACUGUGUCUCUGGCCUGGGCUUCAGCCCUGGACCUCAGGAUGCCCCAGAUGAGGAGCUGCUCUCACCUGAAGGCUGCUAUGAAUGCAAGAUCAACAGCCAGCCCCCUCGUGACCGGCCACGGCGCAGCCCCCGUGGGGACUAUCAGGCGAGCCUGGCCAGCCUUGAUUCGGAGGCUCCGCUGACCCUGGGCCUGAACCUCUCCCGCCUGAGCCGGGCCGAGCACAUCCUAGAGCUGCGGCCGGCGCUGGAGGGUCUGGGGGGCCGCGUCCGCUACAUCAUUGCCCGUGGCAACGAGCAAGGUUUCUUCCGCAUGCAUCACCUCCGCGGCCUCAGCUCCCUGCAGCUGGGGCGUCGGAGGCCGGGGCCAGGAACCUACCAGCUGGAGGUGGUGAGCGUGGCUGGGGCCUGGGGCACCCAGCCUGAGGGGUGGCCGGCAGGCCGGGCCUUGCGGCUAAAGGUGCAGCUGCAGCUGCUGUAGUCCAG